AUGAAGCCUGCAUUCCUUUUCAGCAUUAUUAUCCCAGGGCUGACAGCAGCCUUCCAAGACCCCCUCUCGUAUCGGCAAAUCAAGCCAACAUAUACCCUUCCCAAGGCUGAAAAUGUGACCACUCUGCUGGACCUGAUCGGCUCAAGGCCCAAUCUGAGCCGGUUGCAUAAUGCCCUGACUCAAAGCGGCGGUUUUGAAGAAGCGUUCGGCACGACCCCGACGUGGGAUUUCACUUUCUUUGCGCCGAAUAACGAUGCUUUUGCUCAUACUGGCCGGUAUUUCUCGACCUUUGAAUCAACACCGAAGGGGAAAUGGUGGUUGGGCAAUACCAUCAUACAUCAGUACGUCCCGAACUCGAUCGUGGAAGCCGCGGACUUUAACGAAACAUAUCAACGAGUGCAGACAGGAACCUAUCUCUUCAUCGGAGCAAAGGUAGAAAGCGACGAACUCGUUCUAAACCAAGUCGCUCGAGUGGUCGAGCGCGACAUCCCCAUCACCAAGGGGGUUGUACACAUUAUUGACCGUAUCCUGGAGCCCACCGCGCAAAUCCAUGAGGAUGACCUUCCAUGGAUAGAGCAAGAGUUUAUAGCGGGCAGUUGCUCGGAUCCAACGCUUCCUUAUUGCUAG